CGCCAAAGCAUGAGCGCCAUCGUUGAUGGCCCUUCGCUUCUCCUCCUCCCCUCACUUUCAUGUCACCGUACGGUCUCUUCUCACACUCUUCUCGCAGCCCUCGCGCAGUGCCUUGCAAGUUUUGAGAUGCUCGACGGUCGCGGUAGCUCCGAGGUUGUCCGCUCGGAGGAAGACGUUCUCGCAUCUAUUCCAGGACUGCUCGAGCCAGAAAGCCCUGGGUCCCGGAAAACAGUCUCAUGCGUGCAUGAUCGUAACUGGGUUUUCACCGACGGUGUUCGUCACGAAUUGUUUGAUCCAGAUGUAUAUCAAAUGUUCGAGCUUGGACUACGCGCUCAAGGUGUUCAACAGAAUGCCGCUUCGGGACACCUUUUCGUGGAACGCGGUGAUAUUUGGGUACGCGGGGAGUGGGAACAUGGCAGCCGCGGAGGCACUUUUUCAGUCAAUGCCCGAAAAGGAUGUCGUCUCGUGGAAUUCUGUGGUAUCCGGUUUUCUACAGAAUGGUGAUAGUUGGAAAGCGGUUGGUGUUUUUAUGCAGAUGAGAGGAGCGGGAGUGGCGCUCGAUUACACUACUUUGGCUGUUGUUUCGAAAGUGUGUUGUUGCUUAGAAGAUCUGAACUUGGGAAUUCAGAUCCAUGGACUUGCAGUUAAGAUGGGAGUUCAUGAGAAUGUAGUCGUGGCAUGUGCUUUAAUUAACAUGUAUGCCAAGUGUAAGAAGUUAGAUAGAUCGCUUCAGCUCUUUGCAGAAAUGCCAGAGAGGAAUUGGGUAUCAUGGAGUGCCGUAAUUGCCGGCUGCGUCCAAAACAAUCAAUUGAUUGAGGGUUUAGAGAUAUACAGGGAAAUGCUGAGAGCCGGAUGUGCAGUGAGCCAAUCCACUUAUGCGAGUGUCUUCAGGUCAUGUGCAGGGUUGUCAGCAUUAGGAAUCGGCACUCAGUUACAUGGUCAUGCAUUGAAGAGUGACUUUGGAGCUGAUAUCGUAGUAGCGACAGCCACGUUGGACAUGUAUGCGAAAUGUGACAACAUGGAGCAUGCCAGAAAGCUGUUUACCUCGAUGCCAGAUCGAAGUUUGCAGUCGUAUAAUGCCAUUAUUGUUGGGUAUGUUCGAAGCGGUCAAGGAUUUGAAGCUUUUCAUCUAUUUAGAAAUUUGCAGAAGUCUGGUCAAGGUUUUGACGAAAUAAGUUUGUCAGGUGCAUUAAGUGCAUGUGCGAUAAUUAAAGGGCUUUUUGAGGGGCUUCAAAUUCAUUCCGUAACAAUUAAGAGCACCUUGAAUAACAACAUAUGCGUAGCAAAUGCCCUGUUGGAUAUGUAUGGAAAAUGUAGAGCUUUGUCGGAAGCAUGCUGUGUUUUUGAUGAAAUGACACUUAGAGAUGCCGUAUCAUGGAAUGCGGUCAUUGCGGCACAUGAGCAGAACGAAAAUGUAAAGGAAACGCUGAUGCUAUUUGCUUCAAUGCUUCGAUCAAGGAUGGAACCUGAUGAAUUCACAUAUGGAAGUGUCUUGAAAGCUUGUGCAGGUAGUCAAGCUCUGAGCUGUGGCAUGGAGAUUCAUAAUAGAGUAAUCAAAUCUGGAAUGGGGUUGAACUGGUUUGUAGGGAGUGCAUUGGUGGACAUGUACAGUAAAUGUGGGAUGAUAGAAGUGGCAGAGAAGAUCCAUUUUAGAACAGAAGAACAGACGAUGGUUUCGUGGAAUGCAAUCAUCUCUGGGUUUGUAAUGCAAAAGCAGAGUGAGGAUGCUCAGAGAUACUUCUCUUGGAUGUUGGAGAUUGGCAUAGUGCCCGAUAGCUUCACUUAUGCAACAGUCCUUGAUACUUGUGCUAAUCUUGCUACUGUUGGUCUAGGGAAGCAAAUCCAUGCCCAAAUCUUGAAAUUAGAACUGCAAGCAGAUGUUUACAUUUGCAGCACCCUUGUUGACAUGUACUCCAAGUGUGGAAAUUUGAAAGAUUCCCAGUUGAUGUUUGAGAAAGCACCUAAGAGAGACUUUGUGACAUGGAAUGCGAUGAUCUGUGGCUACGCACAUCAUGGGCUCGGCGAAGAGGCACUUCAAGUUUUUGAGAGGAUGCAAGUUGAAAACGUGAAGCCGAACCAUGCUACUUUCGUGUCAGUUCUUCGAGCUUGUGCACACAUGGGACUUGCUGAGGAAGGAUUGCAGUAUUUUCACUCUAUGCAACCUGCGUAUGGUUUGGAUCCCCAGUUAGAGCAUUACUCGUGUAUGGUGGAUAUUUUAGGGAGGUCAGGCCGAGUUGAUGAUGCUCUAAAGCUUAUUUACAGUAUGUCUUUUGAAGCAGAUGCUGUUAUUUGGAGAAGUCUACUUAGCACUUGUUGUGACCAUGGUAACGUGGAAAUAGCAGAAGUGGCAGCAAAUUCUUUGCUGCAAUUGGAGCCGGAAGAUUCCUCUGCAUAUGUCCUCCUAUCAAAUCUAUAUGCCAAUUCAGGAAUGUGGAAGGAAGUCUCAGAGAUGAGGAAAGUAAUGAAGAAUAACAAGUUAAGGAAGGAGCCGGGAUGUAGCUGGAUUGAGGUGAAAGAUGAGGUACAUACAUUUCUUGUGGGAGAGAGGGCUCAUCCAAGAUCAAGAGAAAUUUACAGGAAGCUUGAUCUGCUCAUCAAUGAAAUGAAAGGAUCUGGUUAUGUGCCUGUUGCCAAUUUCCUUCUUGAUGAGGAGGCAGAAGAAACCGAAUCUGAGGAAGAAUUAAGAAUCAAUGUCCACCCGUAGUUUGGAAAUAUUGUUAGCUUCUUCAGAACAGGAAGAGGCAAAAGUUGAGUCGUGGAUAGCAAAAAGAGAUUGCCAUUGGCAAAUUGUACCGCAAGUUGAUUCAGGGAAGCAACUGAAUAUUUUCAAGACUAGCUCCAGAGAUUCAUUCAUUAUGACAAUUGACCUGGAUUCUGAUGUUCUUUAUCCAGGUUCAGAGGACAAGAAAAGGUGGCAUAGCAUAACUAUGAUCCCUUUAGCACAGAUAGUGUUUGGCCCUAAACUGAAGUUGUCUCAAGAAACCUUGAUUUGUGGUCCCUCUGUGAAUGGUCUUCAUGAUGGCAAUUACUAUUAACUGGAGAACUCUCAGGAUAGCCGCUGUUGAUGACAGCAAGAUUUGAGAUUAAUCUCGAAGAGAGGAUUUACUUCCAGAUUCUCACAGAGGAACCUGAAAACUCAAUGGGAAGUGCGUGUAAAAUGCCGGAUACCGGACUAUCAUGUAUAAAGUCAUGGAAUAUCUCGAUUGCAGGAGGAAAGAACCUCCAUCUUUUCACUUCUCUGUACUACAUUAAUUAUUUCCUGAUGAGAUAAUUGAUACUGUCCCAACAAUUCGGAGAUUAGACGGAUGAUACAUUGCCACUUUGGAGUAGCUUUC